CGUGAACGUGACAUCACCAGGUAGCUUCACUUCUUUUGACUGGGCGGAUGAGUGUGUUUUCACACUGAGAUCAAACCGCGGACGAAAAUAUCACAUUUGUGCUGUCAUUUGAAUCAACGGUGUAAAUCGAUAGUUUGAUACACUGAAAUGGGAGUAAAAAUGAAGUAUUCGAUGCAACUAACUAUGCUGGUUUGCUGUUUGACAUGCGCCCACAUCUCAACUGCUGAACCAGAUCAAAAAGGAUUUUUCGGUACUGAAACAGAAGAUGGUGUUGCUGUAAGCAGGGCUGCAGUCCAAACACUUGACGGUCCAUUGACAAAAGUCUUCCUCCCCAUUCUGUAUAUCAUUGUAUUUGCUGUUGGUGUGCCCACCAAUGCCAUGGCCAUUUGGGUCUUCCUCUUCAGAACCAAGAAGAAACACCCUGCUGCCAUCUACAUGGCCAACUUGGCACUCUCUGACUUGCUCUUUGUCAUCUGGAUCCCACUGAAAAUUGCCUACCACUUGAAUAGAAAUGACUGGAUCUAUGGCGAGGGGCUCUGUAAAGUGUUGAUGGGGUUUUUCUAUGGAAACAUGUACUGCUCCAUCCUCUUUAUCACCUGCAUCAGUGUACAGCGAUACUGGGCCAUUGUUCAUCCCAUGUCUGUUCAGAGGAGGAAUAAUCGAAUUGCCAUUGUGAUUUCUGUUUCUAUAUGGGCUGUGAUUUGGCUGGCAACGACUCCCCUGUACCUGUAUGACCAAACGGUCAAGGUCAGCAACCUUAACAUCAUCACCUGCCACGAUGUCAACAGACCCAGUCAAACGAAGAUUCCUGCGGGUUACUUUAUAACCAUGGGGAUUGUGGGCUUCGUCAUUCCUUCCAUAGUGUGCAUAGUGGCCUAUGUCCUAAUGCUCCGGGCUCUGAGAAGCUCCAUGACGGAUGAGCAGAUUGGUAAGAAGCGAAGGAAGGCCGUCGUCCUGAUCAUCACUGUCCUCGUCCUGUUCCUGGUGUGUUUCACUCCCAGCAACAUCAUGCUGCUUGUCCACUACUCCCUCCUGCUCGGCGGUAAUGUCAACAAUGGCUACAGCUUCUAUAUCACCACACUGUGCCUAGCGAGCCUCAACAGCUGCCUGGACCCCUUUGUUUACUACUUCAUCUCAGAGGAGUUUCGGGACAACGUGAAGAACACCCUGAUCUGUAGGAGCAAUCGCACUGUGGAGAGAAUGCGGGUCUCCUUCAGUGCCCUCAAGUACUCUAAGAAGAGCAGCACGUACACCUCGGAGUCUGGCAACACACAGAGCACUAGCUGCUGAUGUGAGGGCAAGGGUCCAUUUUUAAACUUCCACUCAGGACACACCUCCAUGUUUUUAUGUUUAAAGAGUCUUCCACAUUGUUGCUGGCUCUAUUCAACUGGCACUGACAUUUGUGAGGCCCUCUGGCAGUGUCUCUAUAAUUUUAUGUAUCAUUUGUAUCUUGUAUGCUAAUGCAAGGUCAAAUGUUUUAACUCAGAGUUUGUGCAUUGUGCUUAAAUAUUGUACACUUUCGAGUUUCACCAUGCUCUCCUUUGACAUUGGCAAUGUGCACAUUCCUAUGUGGGUGAGGACCAUUUUACUGAAAUUCCGUAAUGCUUUUUUUUUGUCACCAGUGUACACGUUAAAAGCACAUUAUUGAUGUUAGAAGACCAGAUGUAUAUAAUUUUAAUAUUUGUUUUUAUACAUAAAUGUGGUAAGCUGUAGGCGUUUUCUUAUUUGUUUUUAUUUCUUUCUCUGAAAUCUUUUCUGUUCAAUAAAACUGCUUUCCAUGUUAAUGUUUGGCUUCAAGUUCAGCAGCUCAAGCUGCAUACCUGGCAAUAUUAUUGAUGCCUGUUUUAAGUACCUGUGCAUUCAUUGCAUAGUUUAUCAAUGUGAAUUAAUGGUAUUAUGAGUGAGCUAUCACCAGCCUUCACACUGUUUUGUAAAUAUGUGUGCCACUGUAGUUAUGUUUUACCUUUUUUGUGGUAAUUAAAUUUAUUUCACUCA